UGGCGCGCUACCAAUAUCAGCCUCAGACUUACUGAAAAAGUGCAAGGCCCAGAUAAAUUUCAACAAGGAAAUCUUUCGAAGCUGAUGAGCAAAGUUAUUAAAUUCCGUGUGCCAAGUUGUAACCAAACCGUCGUUCGAUGUGUAGCAAAGCAUCAUGGGAGAUAAGCACAAGCUGGUAGCUCGAUGGAGGGCAUCACUGACGCGGGGGACCGGUCAUGAUUCAUGGGGCCAGCUGGUGGAAGCUGUUGAUGAAUAUCAAAUGUUAUCAAAACAGCUCCUGAAAGAAACGUCACAUGAAGCAACUCUAUUCAACGACAGCCAAAAGAGAACGUUAUCAAAGAUAGCUGCAUGUCUAGACCUCCGAGGGAAAGCGCUCCAGUCUCCAGACAACACUCAAGGAUUCACGUUAGAAGAACUGAAGAAAGUAGACUCAGCCUUUGAGAGCCUGCUGUCAAGUUCACAGUCGGAGUUCCCUGUCAGUGUUCCAGUUGAAGCUGCCCUUUUCAGGCCCACAGUUAAAUCGGGAAACUUUGAGCUAGAUCUUGAUGGAGAUGAGAUUGAUGAGGAUGAGGAGGAUGAAACGGGACGUAAUAAGACCUCAGUGAUUGUAUCACCUGGAAUCAAACCACUAGGUAAACUAUUUCCUAUGAUACCUCGUGAGAGAGGAAGCACUAACCUCAUAGUGCGAGUGGAGAAGAUAGGUCUGAAGGAUGCCUCAACAUAUCUGGACCCCUUCAUUGUCAUUUCAUUUAAAGAUAACAAAGGAAUAGAUGUUUCCAAGCCGCAAGAGACACCGGUUGCUCUGAGGAGGGAGGACCCCUACAUUAUCUUUGGAGUUGACGUCCAUGUACAGAAAUCUCUUGAAAAACUACCUAAAGGGACUGCCAUUUUCUUUGAGUUCAAACACUACAAACUGAAAAAGCGAACUAUUAGUACCAAGUGCUUUGCUUUCAUGGAGAUGGACGAAAUCAAGCCAGGACCACUGGUCAUUGAGCUAUAUCAGAAACCCACCGACUUCAGGAGGAAAAAGCUGGCCUUACUCACUACAAAACCUCUGUACUUGCACCUGUAUCUGAAUCUUAUUGGAGAUUAGCAGCAAGAUCGAUGGGGGAUCUUCCUAAUUCCAAGAUGGAGCCAAGCCUUUGAGUCAAAGGACUGAUCAACAUCGAGAGUGAGAAAGAAUCGCUGGAGGCCAAUUGCUGCCAUCUGUCCAGAUUUAUUGACAUCUUGCAUAAAAUAGUAGGAUUCUUUGGGCCUGGUAAGAAAUCAAAACAGUUUGCAAAUUUGAAAGUUUUGUGCCAAAAAGGGCAGUUACCAGCCCUCUUAGAUUCCUCUUUUGAUGGCUCCCAUGAGGGGCUGAAAUCUUAUUGUUAAUUGUCCUUGGGAGAAAUGUUGAUUAAUUUCUCGUAACAAACAUGAUAAACUGCACAAUCUGUCAUUUAUUUCAGAAAAAUGAUCUUCGGGGAGAGUUAAAUGCCUUCCAUUUUAAAACAAAAAAGAAAAAAUUCAUAACAUCAAAUGUUUUGACAGGAGUUUUGAAGGACCAUGAAAUACCUCUAAAUAUCUCCAAAUUAUAUUACAUAAGGGGAUUGUAAGCAUUCAAAUAUAGAUUCAUUUAUUUGUACAUUCUGUAUUCUACAAGUACUAGUGCAAAGCAUCAAAACAAAUAAUGUAUGUUUUCUAAACCAUUACUAAAAUCAGUAUAAUGGUACUUAGUAGCCCGUCCAGUGUUUAAAGGAACUUGAGUAUUCCAUUACUGGUCAUGUUGUUGAUUCUGUCAUUAAAAUGCAUUCACAAUGAGCAUGCCUUGAAACCAAAGGAGGCUUCCUCAAAACCAGCAACAUUUUGUUUCUUUUUUAUUAAAGAUGGACUGAUGGAGAUGGA